AUGGGAGAUUCUUUCCCUACAGACAUCAAGGUCCCUGAGCUUUGCUUCAAAAUAGGAGAUGAGCCGAGGUCAGAUGUCAAGAUCAACCAAUUCUUAAGCUAUGAACUGGUUAAAGAAGUGAAGAGCAUAUUAUCACCCCAAGAGUUUCAGAGGAUCAAAAGCACAUUCCUGGGACCAGUCUUGAAGAUAAUUGGAAGAGGGUUAAUAAUGUCGGGAAAGAUGGUGCACUGUUUCCUGAGCAGAAGUUUGAAAGUUUCGAAGUCUAAUGAAAUAUGGGUACACUUUGGGGGGCAGCCAAUGAGAUUCUCUAUUAGAGAAUUUCAUAUGGUCACAGGCUUGAAAUGCUUAGAAUGGGAGCAGAAUAAAGAUGCAGAGAAGAAGACUUUUGAUUGGGCUUCCAAUGACCAGGCACACACGUGUGAAGACGUGGUCGAGAUUCUAAGAAAAGCUAAUCGAGAGGACUUGGAUGAAAGAUUUUGUCUUGCUAUGCUGAUUCUUAUAGAAGGCAUAUUCUUCCCGCGAUGCAAAGGAAACAAGUUCCCUGCCAAGAAGCUCAAGAAAGCUCAAGACAUACAAGUCAUAAUGAAUCAUCCUUGGGGGAGAUAUGCAUACAAAUUGUUGCUUUCUUCAAUCAAGAAGAAUGUGCCAUCCAAUCUAGUAAAGAAUAAAUACGAUCUCCAUGGUUAACCUCUAGCAUUGCAUCUUUGGAUUCUAGAAUCAGUGCCUCUGCUACAAUCUUCAUUCAGCACAAUCAGUGUCAUAGAGAGUCCACAAGCGUUUUUGUGUGAGAAAUACACAAACACUGCCAGUCCAUCAAUUGCUCAAGUGGAGAACAUUGAAGCAUUGAAACAUCUGAAGGUGAUGAGCAUAUUACCUUCAAUACCUGGUGAUGAAGAAGAUUAUGUAGCUUUAGAGGACACUAACGAUCAAGACUUGAGCUUUUUAAUGGAAGUUAUUAACAAGGGCUACAAGCUGACAGUUGACGACUGGACUAAAGGCUGCUUGGAUGUUGGUGCAGUGAUGGAAGAAAUAGCCAUCAUGUCGUAUCAGUUACGAAACAAAGAGACCCUAAAACCGUCUUCAUCUGGUGAGUCAAUCAUGGAUAAGUUAGACAACUUAUACAAGAUUGUGCAAGAGGGAUUCAGAACAACAAACACUCGCUUAUCAAAGAUAGAGGAACAUCUAAACAUUCCCAAGGCUGCAAAUACAGAUGAUCAG